AUGACAAAUGCUCGAAUGAGUGCCCUUAGUCGUCACUUGCAAGGCUUGGACACAAUCGAAGCGGAACAGCCGAAGCAAUUUUAUAGCAUCAAAGAAGAUACUAUAAAGAAGCUAUGGAGCUCUACGAUGAAAUAUUGCAGCAGAUUGAAGAAAGCUACGAUAAUGCUUGAAGAUUCGGUACAAGACAACUUAAUAAAACUGGCAGUCUUGAAGGACAAAUGCAGCGAAACCGUGACCAACGCACCUCAACUGGGGAGUGACAUUAUAGCACACAGUUUACUCCCACUACCAAAGGUAACAAUUCCUCAAUUCAAUGGGGAUUGUUUGAAGUGGCGUCAGUUCUAUGAACUUUUCUUGGAGACAGUAGACAAACAGUCUCUCCCAAGUGUUCAAAAAAUGUGGUAUCUCAAAACCAAUUUAUCUGGCGAAGCUGGCAAACUAAUCAGCCAUCUAUCCUUGACAGAGGAUAAUUACAAAACGGCAUGGAUGUUACUGCAAGAACGUUAUAACAAUAAACGGGUUCUUUUUUCCACUCUAGUAGAACGGAUUCUGAACAUCAUCAACGGCUUCCACCAAGGCUCUGCAUGA